AAACCACGUAUAUAGAUGGAAAGAUGUCAGGACAGAAGACCAACUGGUUCCAGAAAUCCCCAAGCAAUCGAAAUAUCAGAUUACAAAUCACAAGGACUAGUAAAUCAACCCAAGUCCUGUCAAGCCGUCAAUAUCAAAUCGUAGGAAGUCACUGCGACAACCUGAGAACUCGAUUAAGCCGCCCCCCAGAUGAAGAUCUAGGCAUUCAGGAAGCCGAGGAAUUGAAUCACAAGUCGGACCCAGGUCCUAACAACAUCCACGAGGACGACAAACAACCCUUCCUGGAAGAUCACAGGUACGCGAAGACCGAGGCAAGACUAGGGAGUCGCCCGGACUAA